UUCCGGCACUUUGGUGCUCCGUCAAAACAGGUCCUUACUUCCGGUGGUCGUCCAUGCUCAGAACAGCUGAUGUCUGUCUAGUGCUUCACACUGUUAAAGUUUUCUUCUAACUUCUACCAAACACAUUGAACGAUGACUAAGGAGGAAGUCCAGGGGGCGGCCGAGGAGGAUCAGCAGGUCCAGUCAAAGAAGGGCCUGAAGAAACAGCAGAAGGAAGCAGAGAAAGCUGCGAAGAAGGCUGAGAAACAGGCCAAGCUGGCUGCUGAACAACAAGGCUCAGAGGAAGAUGACUUUUCCAAGGACCGAUACGGUGUUUCAGCCAUGGUCCAGUCUCAACAAAAACUGGACAGGACGUUGACUCGAGUCCAAGAUCUGACGACUGAGCGAGCGGACCAGCUGAUCUGGCUGCGGGCCAGAGUCCACACCAGCAGAGCCAAAGGGAAGCAAUGCUUUCUGGUCCUGCGUCAGCAGCAGUUCAACGUGCAGGCGCUCGUUGCAGUGGGAGAUCGUGCCAGCAAGCAGAUGGUCAAGUUUGCUGCAAACGUCACCAAGGAGAGCAUCGUGGACGUGGAGGCCGUGGUGAGGAAGGUGGAGCAGAAGAUCGAGAGCUGCACUCAGCAGGACGUGGAGCUCCACAUCGAGAGGAUUUUUGUCAUCAGCCAGGCAGAGCCACGUCUCCCCCUGCAGUUGGAUGAUGCUGUCAGAGCUGAGGGAGAGGGCGAGGAGGAAGGCAGAGCCACGGUCAACCAGGACACCAGACUGGACAACAGAGUGAUCGAUCUCAGGACCACCACCAGCCAGGCCGUCUUCCGGCUGCAGUCGGGAGUCUGCCAGCUCUUCAGAGACACUCUCACAAACAAGGGCUUUGUGGAGAUCCAGACCCCAAAAAUCAUAUCAGCUGCCAGUGAAGGUGGAGCCAACGUCUUCACUGUGUCCUACUUUAAGACCAGCGCCUACUUGGCCCAGUCCCCUCAGCUCUACAAACAGAUGUGUAUCUGUGCUGACUUUGACAAGGUCUUCUGUGUGGGACCAGUUUUCAGGGCGGAGGACUCCAACACUCACCGCCACUUGACUGAAUUUGUGGGUCUGGAUAUCGAAAUGGCGUUUAACUACCACUACCACGAGGUCAUCGACUCCAUCACUGACACCAUGGUCCAGAUCUUUAAAGGCCUUCAAGACAACUUCCAGACUGAGAUCCAAACUGUCAACAAGCAGUUUCCCAGCGAACCUUUCAAGUUCCUGGAGCCGACUCUGAGGUUGGAGUACAAGGAGGGCGUGGCCAUGCUGCGUGAGGCCGGCGUGGAGAUGGGGGACGAAGAAGACCUCAGUACACCCAAUGAAAAGCUGCUGGGUCGUCUGGUCAAGGAAAAGUACGACACCGACUUCUACGUCCUGGAUAAAUACCCACUGGCUGUGAGACCUUUCUACACCAUGCCUGAUCCAAACGACCCUAAAUAUUCCAACUCCUACGACAUGUUCAUGAGGGGGGAGGAGAUCUUGUCUGGAGCUCAGAGAGUCCACGAUGCUCAGCUGCUCACCGAGAGAGCAAUCCAUCACCAGAUUGAUCUGGAGAAGAUCAAGGCCUACAUCGACUCCUUCCGCUACGGUGCUCCCCCUCAUGGUGGUGGAGGUAUUGGUCUGGAGAGAGUCUGCAUGUUGUACCUGGGUCUUCACAACGUGCGUCAGACCUCCAUGUUCCCACGUGACCCAAAGCGUCUCACACCCUGAGCCUUCCUCACCCGGGUCGACCCGAUCGCCUUACACUUAACGUGCAUAUGCUGGGGGAGGGAAACCAAGUUAAUCCAAUCAGGGAGAGGGGCUUUUUCUAAUCAUGAUACGGUGGUUAAAAUGACUGAUGAUGAAAGUUUGGAGCAGAAAACAGACACCAGUGAAGAGGAGGCGUCUCUGUCAGUAGAGGUGGUUGAUAACAACCAUCAGUCCUUCUGUUUGUAACAACAGGUAACAGUUAACAGAGCUACUUUAACCAGGUCUGAGUUUGUCUAACUACCAGCAGUUUGUUUGUAACAUGCAUUUUUUAAAGGAUUUAAUGGGAUUAAAUAAAAAUCAUAAAA